GAAAUACACACACGGAAAAACUAGCCGUUACAGAGCGUCCAAAGCCCAACGUUUCUUUUUAUCGCCUUUCAACCCCAACAGAUUGCACAUCGGAAAAAAACCCCAAACAGAUUCUCCCUGUAACUAACUCUGUAUCUGUUCCACAGUUUUCACUUCCAGGUGACACCGGUCUUGCUUUUGUCAGCGACUCGCCAAUGGAUCCCAGGGCCAAGAACGCCGCCGGAUCAUCGACACCCACAAAAAACCCACAAACCAAUCGAUCAAAAACUACCGAAAUCUCGAGAGUUUGCGAGAAUUCGAAUCCCAAUCUCGCAAGCCCCGGUUUGAAACCCUCAAAGUCACCAGCAGUCAAGUCUGCUACAAAGACCCAGAAAUCUCCCUCCAGAAACCUUGCCAAACCUCGCGAAAGGAAAUUCGUGGUGGCGAAAAGGAGUUCGAAGAGAGAGGAAACAGAUUCCGCAGUUGUUACUUCACAGAAGUGUUUGGACUCUGCUUAUGAGAGUCUCAGGGCUUCCCAAGAAGAUUUUUUCAAGAAUCGCGAUAACAUCGGUCGGGUUGAAGAAGAGGAGGGGGAAAAGAAGAACCCGUUGGUUGAAACCCUAGAAGUUGAGGGUUUUGCAUUGAAUCGACUAAAUGGCAGUAACCCAGAUGGGAUCGAGCAUUUAGUUGAAAUGGGUAGUUCUCAAAUCAAGGAAAGACGUGGAAAAGUGAUGAAUUUGGUGAAGGCAUUUGAAAGGCUUCUUACUACAUCAUCAAGUUCGAAGGAAUUGGAUCAAGAAAAUGAGGAAAAAGCAGAAGAUGAUGAGAAGGAGAUGGAAUCAAAGGAACCCGAAACGCAGAUCUCUUCGGCUUCAUCCUGUCCAUCGCCUUUUUUCUUUACAUCACAGAGUUUAGGUUUGGACUCUGGAGUAGAUAACAGUCAUGGAAGCGUCACUACUUCAACCAGGACUUCCGGGGGUGGUCGCAGAAGCAGGCGAACUAGCUGUGAAUCAUCUGGGACCUUUUGUGGAAGUCAUCGGAAGAGGAGGCAGCUCAAAGCAACUUCCCAAAAGCCCUUCGAGCUUCUAACAGAGCAAAGGGGAAGAAACAAGGAAGAAGAAUUCAGCAAAAAGGUACAACAAAUGAUGAUAGAGGAGGAGAAGCAACGGAUACCAAUUGCGCAAGGUCUACCAUGGACAACUGAUGAGCCACAGUACUUGGUUAAGCCUCCAGUGAAAGAAAGCACAAUGCCUGUUGAUUUGAUGCUGCACAGCGAUCUGAGGGCCAUGGAGCGUACUGAGUUCGACCAACAGGUGGCGGGAAAGAUGAGCAUCAUUGAACAGUACAAGAUGGAGAAGGAAAGACAGCAGAAGUUAGCAGAAGAAGAGGAAAUUAGGAGGCUGAGAAAGGAGCUCGUUCCAAGAGCUCAACCAAUGCCCUAUUUUGACAGGCCUUUCGUCCCAAGGAGGUCGGUGAAGCAUCCUACCUUGCCCAGAGAGCCAAAGUUCCAUUUACCAGAGCAGAAGAAGAUCAAGUGUGUCAUAUCAUGUUGAAAUGAGGGAAAAGAAGAAAUACAAAAUUUUAAUUUGAUAUCCAUUCCUUGUCGUCAAUCUCCGAAUAAUGGCAAAUUGUUCUCUUUGUACUUUCCAAUAUUCUCUUUCUGUGCAUAUGAAGCAAUCAAUUUAGUUUGCAGUUUUCGAGGAACGAGUGAUGAUGUGCAGGCACAAGUGCGUAUUCUUUAGUGAAUAUCUUGAUGACAUUGUAUUGCAACAUGCUACUUAUACUAGUUCUCUCUCUCUCUCUCUC